CUAGAAGAGUAGUUGGUGGAUGGGAGUGAAAGUGAAAAGAACGAAAUGGAUCAGAUAUUGAACAAGGUGGGGUCAUACUGGUUCAGCCGAAAGGCCAACAAGGAACUUAACUCUGUCGGUGAUGAUAUCAAUUCACUGUCAAACACUAUCGAAGGGGGAACAAAAUGGUUGGUCAACAAAUUAAAAGGAAAGAUGCAAAAGCCAUUAUUGGAGUUGCUAAAGGAGUAUGAUCUACCCAUAGGAAUAUUUCCUCGUGAUGCAACAAACUAUGAAUUUAAUGAAGAAACAGGAAAGCUUGUUGUGUACAUUCCUCAAGUGUGUGAGAUAGGCUACAAGGAUUCAUCUGUCUUGCGUUUCUCCACCAGUGUGACUGGUUAUUUGGAGAAAGGAAAGCUAACAGACAUAGAGGGAAUGAAGACCAAAGUGUUGAUAUGGGUAAAAGUGACUACCAUUGCAUCUGAGGGAUCAAAGCUCAAUUUCAUGGCUGGCAUGAAAAAAACAAGGAGAAGGGAAGCAUAUGAGGUUUCUAGAGAUGGUGUAGCCGUGGAUAAAUUCUAAUAUAUUAACAUCCUUUUGUUAAUAUUUUGACAAUGGUAAUAUAAAUUGUCUGUUCUUGUGGAUGAUUUUGUUCUCCUUGU